CCCCAAGGCAUCGACUACUGUAGUGAACUUGUGCGUGUGCCUUUUUAAAAGGGAGUGUAGAGAGCAAGAGAGGGUGCUGUGUGCACGAAAUUGGACCUUGUUCCUAAAAAUUUGGCUUUAGUUAGGAACAAAGUAAAAAUAAAACAAAUUUUACAACUUUACAAGUGCAGCAUGAAGUGGGGUUGGGCGCUUUGGGGGGUUCUGCUAACUUUUGCUUAUCUGUGCUGGAGCGAAAAGGGCCUGGAGUUCCCCGAAUAUGAUGGGAAGGACCGUGUUCAUGAGCUGACCAUGAAGAACUACAAGUCUGUGAUGAAGAAAUACGAUGUCAUGGUCAUCUACUACCACAAGCCUGUUGGCGAGAACCGCAUGACCAGAAAACAGUUUGAAGUGGAGGAACUUGCUUUGGAGUUGCUAACAAGCCCCGCCGCCCUGACGUACCAGCUUGCUGCACAGGUGCUUGAUGAUCUUGACGAUGAGGAUAUUGGAUUCGCCCUGGUGGAUUCAAAAAAGGACCGAGCUGUUGCUAAGAAGCUGGGUCUGUUGGAGGUGGACAGCAUCUACAUCUUUGCAGAUGACGAGAUCAUCGAGUACGAUGGAGAGAUGGCGGCCGACACGCUGCUGGAGUUCCUCUAUGAUGUGAUCGAGGAGCCUGUGGAGAUCAUCAGUAAUGACAGAGAACUCAAAGGCUUUCAUAACAUCGAGGAGGACAUUAAACUAAUGGGCUACUUCAAGAGCGCAAAAUCUUCACACUUCAUUGAGUAUGAUGACGCAGCAGAAGAAUUUCAUCCCUUCAUCAAGUUCUUUGCCACAUUUGAGCCAAAGAUCGCUACGAAAUUAAACCUGAAGAUGAAUGAAGUGGAUUUCUAUGAGCCCUUCAUGAACAACCCCGUCACCAUCCCCAGCAAACCCUACAUGGAGGACGACAUCGUCAGCUUCAUCGAGGCGCACAACAGUUCUGUUGUUACUCAUUUUAGGCCAACUCUAAGAAAACUGGAGCCUCACAGCAUGUAUGAGAUCUGGGAAGAUGAUAUUAACGGACAGCACAUCGUGGCUUUUGCUGAGGAGUCUGACCCUGAUGGUUAUGAAUUCCUGGAGAUCCUAAAGGAAGUGGCUCAAGAAAACACAGAGAAUCCAGACUUAAGCAUCAUCUGGAUCGAUCCUGACGACUUUCCACUGAUGGUGCCGUACUGGGAGAAGACCUUCGGCAUCGACCUCUCGUCCCCUCAGAUCGGCGUGGUGGAUGUUGAGGAUGCUGACAGUGUGUGGAUGGAGAUGGAUGAUGAAGAGGACAUGCCGACCGCUGAUGAGCUCGACACCUGGAUCGAAGACGUGAUGGCUGGAAGAAUCAACCCUCAUGAUGAAACUGACUACAGCCAUGAUGAUGAUGAUGAUGAUGAGGGCGAGGAUGAUGAUGAUGACGAUGAUGACAAUGAUGAUGUUGGUGACGAUGACAAUGAUGAGGAUAAUGAUGAUGAUGAGGAUAAAUAAAUUAUGUCAGACAUCACAUCACCGUCAUAUGCUCGUGUUUAAGAACUCGUCAGUCUGUCGUGGUUCACAUCAUCGCAAACUGAGCUGUUCUGUUAUUGCCAUCUGCAGGACGACUUGUCUUGUUGCUUAGCUCUGCACCACUUAUUCUUCAGGAAAAUAAACAUCGUAUUUGCGGAUCACUGCACCUUUUUAUCUGCCAAUGAAACACAUUCAGUGUGCUGUUUGUUAAACAAUAGAAAAUCCUUGUAACAACUGUUUUGAUAUUUUUUAUUGACUUUUAGAGCAGAAUAAAUGAUGCUCACUGGAAGGUCUUAAAUAAAAGAUA